AGCGGCGCUGAGACUGCUCAGAAGAGCGGAUACUGAACCUCCGGUAUGUUGAGUGGAGUCUGUGUGAAGGACUAAGCAGCAGCUCAGAAAUCUCUAGAAGUGGAAAAUCUACCGUCCUCCACCGACAUCGCAUAACAACACCCACCUUUUCCUCUGGGUCAGGCAGACAGGCAGGGCUCCACCUGUCUCAUGUCUCCUCACCUCCUCGCCUCAUCCUCAUCCUCAUCCUCAUCAUCACCACCGUCCUGGCUAAUGCUGUGUUUCCUGCUCAGUGUCCUGCUGCUGCUGCUGUCCCCAGGGGUCCAGGGCCAAGGUCGUCUGAAGCUGACGGUCCUGUCUGAGGACAGACUGCAGAUGAAAUGGAAGGAGGCUGAUGGACCAGUGCAGGGCUACAAGGUCCGAGUGAAGCCCAUCUCAGAGGUUCCUCAGCCGGAGCUGAUGCUGACGACCACGCGGGGCAGAGCGACCGUGGCAGGACUGGACUCCAGUCAGGAAUAUGCCCUCCAAGUGCUCGUGCUCAACGGAACCACGGAGAAACUUCUGGCAAAGAGAAGAUUCACCAUGGACAGUCUACGGGAGGAGGAAAUGAUCCGCAGCGGGAGCCGAGAGCAGCGGAAGAAGACGCUGGUGGGCGGGUCGGGGUCAGGAGACCUGGACGAUGCAACAGAGGCUCUGAUGGGUCAGCCGACAGUUCUCUAUCCCACCGCCAGCACCACCAGCACCACCAGCACCACCAGCACCGCCCCUACCACUGCAGAGGCGACAGAAGCUCAGUCUGAGCUCCCCGACGAGGCCACAGAGAAAACUGGCAAAGAGAAGAGGAAGAGGAAGAAAGAGAAGGAGCGAGAUCGGUCCAAGGUGGAGAACAAGGAGGAGCAAGGGACAACGCAGGGUAAAGCGUCUGAGGACAAACCGCAGAAGACGCCCUUCCCGACCCAGUCGGUCACAGCAGGCCUGUCUCCACGGAAACCGUUUGAGUGUGACAGCGACGCGGCGGCGGAGAUCGUGCUGCUGGUGGACGGCUCGUGGAGCAUCGGACGCACCAACUUCAGACGCGUCAGAGACUUCCUCGAGGGCCUGGUCACGCCGUUCCACAUCGGACCGGACCACAUCCAGAUCGGUCUGACUCAGUACAGCGGAGACCCUCGCACCGAGUGGCAUCUCAACAACUUCACCACCAAAGACCAGCUGCUGGAGGCGGUGAGGAACUUUAGAUACAAGGGAGGAAACACGUUCACAGGCCAGGCGCUGCUCCACGUCAUGGAGGACAACAUGAGGGAAGAGGCCGGAGCCAGGUCCGACACGCCGCUCUUCCUGGUCCUGUUGACCGAUGGGAAGUCUCAGGAUGACGCCAUCGCCGCGGCGACCAAGCUAAAGAACGCCGGCGUGGAGAUCGUCGCUGUAGGUGUGAAAAACGCAGAUGAAGCUGAGUUGAGGCAGGUGGCGUCUGAGCCGGUGGACGCCAACGUCUACAACGUCAACGACUUCCCUCUGCUCAGUAAACUGGUGACGCGACUGGUCCACAUCCUGUGUCGGAGGAUCGAGGACCGAGGCAUCACAAAACGAAUGGAACCUGACCCCACAGUGGACCCAGUCCUCACCUACCCCAGUCCAAGUGACCUGCGCUUCUCUGAACUGGGCUCCAGAGAAGUGAAGCUCCACUGGACCAAUCCUGCCAAAGCAGUGCAGCAAUACAGAGUGGUUUACCACAGCGCAGAGGGCCAGAGACCACAAGAGGUGGUGUUGUCCGGCUCAGAGUCCGCCGUGCAGCUGGAAGGCCUCUCCUCUCAGACUCUGUACCAUGUUUCCAUCUUCCCCGUGUAUGAAAAGGGUGUGGGCGUGGCUCUCAGAGGAACCGUGACCACACUGGCCCUCGCGAUGCCUGCAGACCUGGAGGUGACUCCCUCCUCUUUCAACACGCUGCGGGUGAGCUGGGGCCGAGCGCCCGGGGCCACGCAGUACAUGAUCCUGUACUCCGCGCUCAGCCACGGAGAACCUGACGACGCCAAGGAGGAGAAAUACAGUGCAGAGCAGACCGUGGUGGAGCUGGCGGAGCUACAUCCAGAGACGGACUACUCUGUCACGCUGUACGCUCUCUAUGACGAGGAUCCCAGUGACCCCGUCACUGCUGUCGCCACCACGCUCCCUCUCCCAGCACCGGUGAGUAUUCACUUUCCACUGGUCACCCACAGUAUGAUGAGGGUGAGCUGGGUCCCUGGAGCCGCGGACGUCCCCAGCCACAGAAUCAUCUACAGCACCAACCACGGCAGUGACGUCAAACAUCUGGAGGUGACAGGACUGACAUCGGUGCUGGUGCAUGACCUGUCCUCCUUGUCCAGAUACCUGGUCUCGGUGCAGUCUCUCUACCCACAAGGCUUUUCUGCAGCGCUCACCAGUAACGUCACCACGCUGAAGGUGCCCUCGCCGUCAGACCUGAGGGUGACUAACUUCUCUGCCAGUGACAUCACCGUGCGCUGGGAGGCAGCAGCUGACGACGUCGUGUCCUACCUCAUCAAGUGGAUCUCACUCAGUGGAGGCGACCUGCGACAGCUGAGGGUCAGUGGUGAGAGUGAAGGAGCGAUCCUGGAGGGAGUGGAGGACGAUAAGGAAUAUCAGAUCUCUCUGUCUGCGCUCUAUGGAGACGGAGCUCAGAGUGAGGCUGUGGCCAUACGCUACAGCACCAUGUCUGGUGGAGGCCCGUCCAGCGUGUCCGUCUCCGAUGAGACUGCGGUCAGCCUGGUGGUCAGCUGGGUUCCUCCCAACGCUCACGUCCUCCAGUAUCGCGUGACGUACACUGCACUGACUGGAGCUGAAAGUCAGGACAUCACUGUGUUGGUGCCAGGAGGUGAUAAGCGGGUGGUGCUGGAGUCUCUGCAGCCAGAUACACGUUACAGUGUCCUGGUCACCGCUGAGUACCGCAACAGAGAAGGAGGCAGCGCUUCAACUCAGGGCAAAACCACCAGUCUGCGGGUCAGCAGUGUGAGUGUGGUCCGCUCUGACCACUCCAGCAUCUGUGCGUCAUGGAGACCGGUGUCCGCCGUCAGCGGAUAUCGUCUCAUCAUCCAGUCUCUCAAAGACAAGACAACAAAGGAGGAGAGUGUAGACGAGUCCAGCAGCAGCCACUGUUUCACUGAACUGGAGCCGGAGACUCUGUAUCGCAUCAGCGUGCAUUCUCUCCUCGGCUCAGUAGAGGGCACUGCUGUGUCCAUCCUCCAUCCAACAGCUUCAGCUCCGGCCAGAAUUCCCAUCCAUCCCCGACUGUAUCCUAUCCACAAUGAAGUGUGUCCUGAAGUCACCAUCAGAAACAGCCUUGUUAAAGGUUUCGACAUGAUGGAGGCGUUUGGUUUGACUCGGAGCGCUCACUCGUCGGUGGAGGGCGUGGCGGCGGAGACGUUUGUCUUCAGCGCGCUCCCCGUGUACACGCUGUACAGAGACGUGCAGCUCACACAGAGCACCAAGUUCAUCCACCCUGCAGGCUUCUCUCCAGAACACACCAUCAGCAUCGCCUUCCGCGUGUUACAGGAAACGCCCAGAGAGCCUUUCGCCCUCUGGCAGCUCACUGACAACGACUUCCAGCCAAAGAUGGGAGUGAUUCUCGACUCUUCCACAAAGCACCUGGUCUACUUCAGUCUGGACUACAGGGGAGAGGUGCAGGAACUGACCUUUGACCAGCCACAGGUCCACAAACUGUUCUAUGGCAGCUUUCACAAGAUUCACUUGUCUGUCAGUCAGGUGAGUGUCUCUCUGUCCGUGGACUGCCAGCGUGUGGGUGAAAGACCUGCUCGUCCUCUGGGUAACCUGCCCACGGAUGGUUUUGAGAUGCUGGGAAAACUGGUGAAGACCAGAGGACCCAGCAGUGGAUCUGCUCCGUUCCAGCUGCAGUCGUUUGAGAUCGUCUGCAACACCACGUGGUUCUUAGAGGACACCUGCUGUGACCUGCCUGGACUGAGAGAUGAGGAGAGUUGCCCCGCCCCCGCGUACACCUGCACCUGUUCCUCUGACAUCCCUGGAGCGUCUGGUUCACCUGGACCACCUGGAAAACCAGGUCCUCGUGGAGAGAAAGGCGAGAAGGGAGAGCAAGGUGGACAGGGGGAGGUGGGUCCUCCAGGAAAAAGUGGAUCUGACGGAGGCCUCGGACUCUUAGGCAGUGUGGGACCUCGAGGGAUAACUGUCAACGGCAAAGAGGGUCCACCUGGUGUCAGGGGUGAAAAGGGGGAGGCUGGACGACCAGGGGUCCAGGGUUUAUCAGGACCCCCAGGCUCAAAGGGUGAAGAGGGACCUCCAGGUCCACAGGGCAUCAGGGGGGCCGAAGGAAACAUCGGCAUGCCGGGUAUCACUGGACCCAGGGGUUUCCAAGGAAUGCCAGGAUACCCGGGGACUGGGGGGGACAGGGGUCCUCCAGGACCUGUAGGACCGACGGGUUUGUCGGGGAAUAAAGGAGAACGAGGAGAGAAGGGAGAACCUCAGUCCAUGGCCAUGAUCUACCAGCUGGUCACACAGGCCUGUGAGCAGCUAGUACACAAGGAGGUGUUGAAGCUCGACACCUUCGUCAACGAGAUCAGUCGUAAGCCGGCUCCCAUCGAGGAGCCCGUGGGGCCCCCAGGGGAGCCUGGUAUCCCGGGGCCCAAGGGUCCACCAGGUGCCAGGGGGGGGCAAGGAAAUGUUGGCCGGAGGGGGAGACCUGGCAGACCUGGAUAUCCAGGAGAACAAGGACAGAGAGGCGUCCUCGGGGAUAAAGGUGAAGCAGGCACGAAUGUACACGGGCCCACAGGAGUCAAAGGAUUUGCAGGUCCUUCAGGUGAGUCCAAGCUGGGAGACCCAGGUCUCAAAGGAGAAGAUGGUCAACCAGGACCUGCAGGACCUUCUGGACCUUCUGGACAGCCGGGCGAGGUUGGACCACCGGGUGCGUGUGACAGCAGUGGAGGCUGCCAAAGUGUUCCCCAGGAACCAGAAGACCCGUAUUAUGGCUACCAGCCCUGAGAGCAUGUGAAGAAGAAACAGACACAGUGUGACUGACGUCUGCUCCUCUGGAGCUGAAAUGACAAAAACUGGGAGCUUUACACAAAAAAUACUGAACACUGAAGACGAUCAACGCUUCCCAUCAACAACGAGUAGUCAGCUCUCUAAUAAUAAUAAUAAUAAUAAUAGAAGAGUAUUUCUAAAUACACAAAGCAUCAUAAAGGGAAAAAUUUUUCUCACUGAGAUCAGUAAACAUUAUUUUAUUUGUUACCAUGUUUAUGCACUGCCUUGUCCUCUGCCUUGUCCUCUGCCUUGUCCUCUGUCUUGUCCUCGUGUGUUUCAUUUGUAUCUGGUUUAUUCUAACCUUAUCUGCCUCAUAAUGAAAACACACACACAUACUCCAUGGUGUGAAAGAAAGGAAAGCUCUUUUGUCCCAUGGUGGACAUGAUACUGUGAGAAUGUCUGGUGCCGCCGGGUGUAUGAUAGUUUGUAUAUUUUUAAUGUUUAUUAUGUUAUUUUUACUGUACGCACGUAUUCAUGUUAUAUAAUAUAAUAUAAUGUUAUACUGUUUAUAUUCACGUUGAAAAUCAGUGUUUACAUUGUUAAUGAUGUCCUGGGGCUUUGGGUUAUUACACUUUACACAGUGUGUGUGUGUGUGUGUG